GUUGAACCGGGCAAGAAAGAGCCACCGUUGCGUCCGGCCUUGGAAUGUGAGUGACGGAGUUACUAUGACACGACGAAAUGGCUACCGGAGGCACAAGGUGCUGCCGAGGCCGCUGCGGCCCGCGACGACCUUGGACAGUCUGGGAGCGCCAACCAUGUCCCACUUCUUCAAGUUUGUGCAGGCAAGGCUGGUCAAGAAACAGCCAAACCACCACAGCCAGAGGCUCCUGAGGAAACUGCAGCAUCUCGUGUGUGACGUGCAACCAGAAGACAGUCCUUAUUCGGGGCUUCUAAUCAGCCCUACGUUGCAAAACAACUCGGAAGAGACGUUCGACGUCAAGCUCAAAAUCUUCUCUGAACAACUCCACAAGCCAGUGUGUUUCUCUUGUCCGGCAGCUACAAGGGUGGGCUACCUUGUGGAAAGCAUCCAGCCAUUCCUGGGCAGUCCCGGAAAGUAUGUCUUCAAGGUGACCGGCCUUGAUGAGUACUUGUCCAACGAUACCCUACUCAGCGACUAUGCAUACAUCUGCACCUGUAGACGUGUCGGCAAAGUGGCCUGGUUGACUAUUGUAAAUCUGGACAAUGUGCAGAAGCCAUGGACAUUAGUGACCAGCGAGAGUUGUGAUUUGGACAUUGAUGUCUCGGAGAAGAUAACGUUUGUUGCCGUCAGGGAUGCCUUGGAGACUUUCGAGUCCCAGGUAGAAGAGCUCAUAGGCGUCGCUCUGUCGGUUGGCGGAGAUCUCGUCAAGGCAGCAGGGGACAUCAGAGCCAGUGUGACAGAACUUUGCCAGUUGUUGAACCACACGGAGACAAGUGAACUGUACCAGACAACUACAGACCUCUUAAAUUUUUUCAGAGACACGCUGUCAGAGAAUAGAGAUGGUGUCGACGCCCCCAGAAAGGUGUUCCUUGUGACACGGUUUGUUGAAGACAUUGAACUUGCAAUUGCAAGGUUCCUUGCAAUGCAUUCUCAAAGGCGUAGCGUUGAAUUCACGGUUGAGUUUCUCGAUGAGAGCUUACGACGAAGACGCACCGUAGAUGCUAACGAACUGUUCAGCCCAAAGGUUGAGAUGCUGGUUCAGCUGCAGAAAGCUUGGGUCCAAAACUAUGACAGCUACAGUGUGGACUGCGCGUUAACCUACGGCGAAAGACUCUUUAGUUAUCAGACGACACGACGGUUGUAUGUGACGCAAAGAAUUUUCCAAUGUGUAAACUUUGACGAGUACAUUUCCUUCAAAAACAUUCAGAUUCGAUCCCUUCCCCGAGAAACGAGGAUGUAUCUGACGGUCGUUGGGCACCGAGAUGGAGCUGAUCACGUCCUUGGUUGGACAGGUCUGAACAUCUUUGCAGACCGAGAGCACUUCAAUGGAGGCGAGUUCCUCCUUGGCCUAUGGUCCCCUGAAAUGCUGUCAACACGCGGUCCCGUUUCCGCAAGCGAGCAGAACAAAGGAUGUUUGCUAGUCACACUGCCACAUGUCAAGAACCAGGCAGUCCUCGCCAAAUCCAUCACCAGAAACGUGCGCGAAGUUGUCAGAAAGCCGUUUCAUGAACUCAGUGCCGACGUGCAGCAAACUUUCCUGGACCUGACCGUAACUGAUGUCUCCACGCCCUUGCCCACUUAUGUUCGCGACCUGAUCUGGGAGCACCGGCACCACCUCUGUGACUUCUCAAGCUUGCUGCCUCAUUUGCUGAAGCUCCCGGUAUGCUGGAAUUCAGCAAACAUUGAGGAGACCUACACCCUGGUGCGGUCUUGGUGUCCACUCAGUCCGGAAGAGUCGCUUACGUUGCUCUCCCCCACCUUCCCAGACAGCCUGGUCAAGAAGUAUGCGGUGCAAUCCCUGCAAAGCGUCGGCAGUGACGAGCUCUCCCUCUACCUUGCGCAGCUGGUCGAGUCUCUGAGGUUCCAAAAUUGGGACGACUCCUUCUUGGCCACGUUCCUCCUGAGGAGGGCCCGGCAGAGCGUCCGCCUCGCUCAUCAGCUCUUUUGGUGGCUCACUGGCAUGAUCAACGAACCGCUCAUGAGGGACAGGGCGCUGAUCAUGCGGAAGGCCCUCUUCUUUGUAGCAGGAGAGAAGGUCACGGCCAGCCUCCUGACACAGAUCGUCGCAGACGAAAUGCUAGCCGAAACCGCGCGGAGCGUCAAGCAAGCAGCCGACUCACAAAAAGAGGAGGUGAUGCGAAGAGAGCUUGCCAAGCUCAACAGCUCUUUGCAGGUGCUGAAGUUGAGGCUACCUCUGGACCCGGCAAUAAGCGUCGAGUCCGUCGAUGUGGACACCUGCUGCGUGUUUCCUUCCAAGACACUGCCCGUCAAGCUUGUCUUCCGGUCGUCCGAAGAAGCUGCCGAAAAGAUUGAAACAAUCUACAAGGCUGGCGACGACCUCCGUCAAGACGUUCUCAUACUCACCGUGAUUCGCCUCAUGGACAAGCUUUGGCUGGAGAGCGGAAUGGACCUCAAGAUGCUCACGUUCAAGUGCACAACAACGGGAGAAAGCAGAGGCUUCCUCGAAGCCGUCCGGGAUGUGUCGACGCUACGGACCAUCCAGACUAAUCACUCGGGCGUCACGGGAGCGUUCAGCAACAGGACAAUUGCCGACUGGCUUUGGAAACACAACUCGUGUAGGCCGCAGUACCAGGCGGCUGUCGACAACUUCAUCAAGUCCUGCGCCGGUUGCUGCGUCGCCACAUACGUCCUGGGCGUCGGCGACCGCCACAACGACAACAUCCUUCUGGCCACGUCGGGCCACAUGCUGCACAUUGAUUUCUCGAAGGUCUUGGGCCAUGCCGAGACGUUUGGGGGAAUCAGGAGAGACAGGGCUCCGUUUGCACUCACGCAAGACAUGGUCUACGUCAUCCGGAGGAACGGCGGAGAGGCACAGUUUGUGAGACUCUGCUGCGAAGCCUACAACGUCCUGCGACGCAACUCCAGCCUUUUCCUCGCCCUCUUCAGCAUCAUGAAGCACUCGGGGCUGCCCGACGUCGACCAGGACGCGCUCGCAUACCUGCGACGGUCCAUGUCGCUGGAGGCGACGGACGAGCAGGCGGCGCGGCACUUUGAGAAGCGCAUCCGCGAGAGCGUCAUGACCCUCGCCACCAGCUUCAACUUCUUCAUCCACAACCUGGCGAGCCUGGGAGCCAACACCAGGGAGUGUGCGCUGAGGCUCUCCUUCAACCCCCGUGACUUCAGCAUUGCUGCCGAGGGGAAGAUUGUGCAGCUGACUGUGGAGGACAUCAGGCUGCGCUACCAUCCCGAGCGCUACUACGUCUAUGUUGUCAACGUGGAACGCGAGUUCCCACCGGCACAGUCGGUCAUCAGGACCUACAAGAACUUCCUCGAACUGUACACCAAGAUGAGUCGCAAGUUUCCCGCUUGCGACUUUCACCCGCUCUCGAGAGGUAGUGUCUUCAGCUCUGAAGGGGACGAGUCCCUUGCUCUCAAGCGCAAGCGAGACAUCCAACAGUUUCUGGACACGGUGAUGGCUCAGCCGGAAGACGUGUCACACUACAGGCUCGUGUACAGCUUCUUCCAUCCCCUGCCGCGAGACCUCGAACUUUUGAACGGGGUUCCGAUCACCAUUGCCACUUGAAAGAACCUCGAGCUCACCACGUGGGGCCAGUAGGAAUGUCUAGUGCCUGUGUUUUUUUUCGAUUGGCUGACCAUGAUGUAACGCAGUCAUCAGGUAGACCUAACUUCGUCUUGAAACGUGUGUGUUGUCGGUUCUCAAAUGUUUACAAUGGUUGUGUGCAGAACUGCCUACCAAUAUUGGUUGUAUAGAUGAGCCAUGGCGCCCUAUGAGAGUAGCACUUUCAACUACUGCAAAGUUUUUAGAUGCUGCUUAGUGCAGCUUGUACAAUAGAACAGCUUUUCAUCUUCAUAUGUGUAAACAACCACAACUCUCAAGACUUCACUAUGAUAGCAUUAAGUUAUGCACCCUUGCCAACCUCUGUAGCUUCUUUGCUGCAUCAUUUUUGUUGAGCGUUUUUUAAACUACAAAUUAUCUGGACGACAUCUAUAUUGCAUGAAAUGUAAAAUAGUUGUCGAAUUUUGGGUAAGAAUAGUCCCCGAAUCUCCUUUCAAUUGAUGCUUCCUUGACAACUUGCAAUGAUUCGGAACAGCCCCAGCCUUACACAAGUGUACUCAAAGAGAACCCUUCACCUUUUACGUUGGCAUUAGGUACUAGUCAAACAAUCUCUUACAGCAAAGAGCAGUGCCCAAUAUAAUUUUGAAGCUAUUUUUGUAUUUGAACCCAGGACCUUUAUUACAAAACUUGCCCAAACGUGAGUGUAUAUCAACAAUCUGAAGCAGUCGUGUAAAAGAAUAAAAUGUUUCCCCAUUGUAUCAUUUUUUCCCACUGGUGAUCUACGAAGCCAAUGUUUACCAACUGAUGUGCAAUCAAAGUGAUGAGAGAUGCAGAUACCUUCUAAAUCUCAAAUACUUGCAGCAGAGGUGAAAUAUAGGUUCCUUAUGUUUAGAGAAGUGGCGCACCCUGAUAGUCACUUGGUUACGCACACUGUGUUGUGUCCUGCAGAUCCUGCUAUGUACCAAAAUGACUGCACCUUGCUCCACUUAAAAAUGUAAAUGCAAAAGACAUAAAAUAAAUUAGGCAAUCACAGUCUUACAUAUUCACUGCGUUUAGCAGAGCCAUGAUCUCUUGUGCGUACAACCGACAGCUUGAUUAGUUUUAAAGUCAAAAUUCAUCAUAUUCCACAUUUUACGAAGGCAAUGAACAUCUGACUUAUUUAUAUGUAUAAAGUACUCUUUAUUUCAGUACGUCCAUGGUAUCGCUCUAGAAAGAAAAUGAAAAGGUUAGGCCAGGUAAUUCGAGUUAGACAGAAAUCAACAACAACAAAACGAAAACUGUACAUUAUUGUUUACAAACAUAUCCUGCAAUCUCUACAGACGCACAAAAUGUUAGCUUCUUGUUUCUGUCGAGACUCUAUUUCCGACGAAACCGUGCCACAUAAUUUUAACAUUCUUUUAAUGUUGCCGUCGGCCUGAUGCAUGCGACAUGAAGUUUGUGUAAUGACUUCGAGGAAUUGAGAAAAAAUUGCGACUAAGUGGCUUCAUAAUUGACCUGGGUGAGCUUCAGACUCGACCGACUCGCGAAGUAAUGACAUUGGAAGCAAGAAACCGACAAACCAAGCGGCUUCAGACCGGAAGGAGAAGACAGAAAAGCAAGCAAAGAAAUUCGGUCACAGUUUGUGAACUCCUCGGCAAAACGGAGUUCAGGAAAGGCGCGGAUGCAAACGUACGUAAUAAUGGAUGACAAGAUGGGAAGAUGCGCGAUGCAAACGCGGGUGAAAAAUGAAACUCAGUGAACUCUGCUCAGCUCUUCUAUGAUCUUGAUUAAAUCGUCGACGGUGGCGUCCCUCUUCAUGCCGCUACCGUCGUCCAUCUGGACAAGAAAACAACGAAAGGUGUCGUUCAAACAUCGGGACGCUUCGCAUGAACUAAUAAUGACUGACUGAAUGUAAUACCACAGCAAGUAGGAACAAGACAAACUCUAAAAUUUCCCUAAAAAGUGGAUUGGGUAGAGAUACAGUCGCAGAUUGAUUUUUUGGACGCCGAUGAUUCUGACUAGUUUGAUAUUUCUGAACUGAAGGAAGAACCGUGACCUACCCAAUACAAAUAGGCAAGUGCACAUUUAUGACCGAAGUUUCGGACAGCUUGAAGUCCGAAAGUUAAAUUUUUCAAACGAAAUCGUCGCGAGCGAUUAGCGAGAAACAGCACCGAGAAGCCGCCAUCCUAGAUUCUAGGUUGGCGGCACACGGACUGGCUUGGUAUGGCAGCGGUAAUUCGGUACUGCCAAGUCCUACCACUAGGUGACGCCACGCAACAGCUUUUUUUUUAUCUAGCUGAGCUUCAUUAUCAUCAUCAUCAUUGUUAUCAUAUUGCUUUUGUUCAUUCGCCAUUCUGCAGUCGUGGACUUGCACCUAUCAUCUCUUCUUGGUGAAUCGUGUUUUCGGACAACGCUGGCUUGGACGUCAUGGCCCCCAUCUGUUCUCCCUCCGCUGCGAAGUGUUGCUAAGAAGCGCGGAAAGUACCUGACCGUAAUGCUAGAAAAGAAGGCAGCGAUUCUCAAGCCAAGAGGAAGUUGCCGAACUCAAGCGGAGGCGUAAUUUGAAGCAAGGCACUAUUGACAGCUUUUUUAAGCCCGCUUAUGCAUAAUAAAGGCAAGUUUUUUAAUCCGCUCA